AUGUCUCAAGGAUCUGACGAUGGCGAAAAGAAAAAGCCAGCGCCAUUGCCUCCUUUAUUCACAUUUAUUAAUGCUGGAUUCUGCGGUAUGGCUGCAACUUGUUUUGUCCAUCCCAUGGAUGUGAUCAAAAAUCGAAUUCAAGUGCAACAUGAGAAGACCUCGAUCAUAAACGUUGUCAGUAAUAUAUAUCGAAACGAGGGAAUUUUGGCAUUUUAUUCUGGUUUAACUGCCGGCCUCGUACGACAAGCCACGUACACCACUGUCAGGCUUGGUAUUUUUAACACUCUGCAAGACCACUGGAAGAUCCGAUUUCCUGAGCCUCCCGGUUUUGGCAUAUUAGCACUCAUGGCCGGUACAGCAGGGGCUACUGGUGCUUUUGUUGGAACGCCGGCGGAAGUGGCUCUUGUAAGAAUGUCAGCCGAUGGCAGAUUACCGAAAGGUUAA